AUGAAACGCUAUGAACAUGAGAAGGGCAGAUUCUUCUGCAGCAGCAGCCGAAGUAUCUUGGAACCGAUCCCUCGUGAUCUGAAGAAGAUGGCUACACAUACUAGAAAGUUUCUGGUGAAUGCCCAUCAACAAAGGAAGCUCCUUUGCCGUAAAGAGGACGUUGAGAGAGACAAGAGCCCAGGUAAGCUAGAUCAGCUCCCUUUGGAUGUUGAGGUGGAGACACUGAUGAGAUUGCCGGGAAAGUCUCUCAUGAAGUUCCAAUGCGUGUCCAAGAUUUGGUCUUCCAUUAUCCGAAGCCAAAGUUUCGUGGAUUCUUACUACGCCAUGUCCUCCGCGAGGGGAUCACGGUUUAUUGUCGCUCUCAGCAACAGUGUAGGAGCCGAGGUUGAUGCCAGACGUUUGUUCAUCUUCUCGUCUUCACACGAGGGAGAGGAAACUUCUUCUUCUUUGGUUGCAAAUCUAGACAUGACAAUACCUUCAGUGACCUUGGCUCACGGCUCCAAGUGUACUUCCGUCCACGGCUUUGUCGGUUGUUGUCAUGGUUUGCAGUUCACCGUGUGUAACCCUAGCACGGGGAAAUUCAAUACCUUUCCCUGCAAGGGAGCUCGCACAUCAUUGGGAUACGAUCCCGUUGAUGAUCAGUUCAAAGCAUUGACCCUGGUGUCAUCUCCUGACGAGUAUCAUAGGUUUCUAGUGCACGAGGUUAUAACAUUUGGAGGAGGAGGAGUAGUGUCUCGCAGUGAAAUUACAUUCUCGCCUUAUUACCCUAUAACUACGGGAAUUUGCAUCGGUGGUUUUGUGUAUUAUGGUGCUUGGGCCCCAAGGCUAAGAACGACUCCGGUGUUUGUGUGCUUUGAUGUUAGGAAUGAGAGGCUGAGUUUUAUCACGACGCCCAAGGAUGUCCUGGUUUGGGAGGGUUACACAGUGUUGAUCGAAUACAAAGGGAAGCUAGCUGCCAUUGUUAGAUUCCCAUUUGCUCCUUUCCACAGAUUUGAUCUGUGGAUACUAGAGGAUGUGAAGAAACAUGUUUGGUCCAAGCAAACAUUUGAGCUUCCCUUCUCUCCUGGGAUGGGCAGGGAUGUGACUUCUCAGGGAACCAACAAGGCUGGUGAAAUCAUCUUCUCCCCAACAACUCUCACAUAUCAUGUCCAGCCCUUCUACAUUUUCUACUACAACCUUGACAGAAAAGACAUGAGGAGAGUCCGGAUCCACGGAAUCGCAGAUACUUAA